UUAUAAUUACUAGUGUAUGUAUUUAAAAAAAACAUUGUGAUGAAAAAUACUAUCAUGUUUAUAUGUUUGUUUGUUUUUUUGCUUUUCUUAGGACUAUACGCUCACUAUGUAUUUUCAGCAGUCCUGGAGAGACAAACGACUUUCUUAUUCAGGAAUCCCCCUUAACCUUACAUUGGAUAAUCGGGUCGCUGAUCAGCUUUGGGUACCUGAUACAUACUUUCUCAAUGAUAAAAGAUCAUUUGUCCAUGGAGUUACUGUCAAGAAUAGAAUGAUACGUCUUCAUCCAGAUGGAACGGUUCUUUAUGGACUAAGGAUUACAACCACAGCUGCCUGCAUGAUGGAUCUACGCCGAUAUCCCCUAGAUGAACAGAAUUGCACACUUGAGAUUGAAAGUUAUGGCUAUACAACAGAUGACAUAGAAUUCUACUGGAAUGGAGGAGAUAAAGCAAUCACAGGCGUUGAGAAAAUCGAGUUGCCUCAAUUUUCUAUUGUUGAUUACAAAAUGGUUUCAAAGAAAGUUGUCUUCUCCACUGGUUCUUAUCCUAGAUUGUCACUGAGUUUUCGUCUUAAAAGAAACAUUGGCUACUUCAUUCUGCAGACAUACAUGCCUUCUACACUGAUUACUAUUCUGUCCUGGGUAUCUUUCUGGAUCAACUAUGAUGCAUCAGCUGCAAGAGUUGCUUUAGGAAUAACCACUGUACUGACAAUGACCACUAUCAGUACACAUCUCAGAGAGACCCUGCCAAAGAUCCCUUAUGUCAAAGCUAUAGACAUCUAUUUGAUGGGAUGUUUCGUAUUUGUAUUCUUGGCAUUGCUAGAAUAUGCUUUUGUGAACUACAUCUUCUUUGGAAAAGGUCCCCAACUCCAGAAGAAAGCAGCAGAGAAAGCAGAGAAAGCAAGUAAUGAAAAACACAAAGUGGAAAUGAAUAAAGUUGAUUCACAUGGAAACAUUCUUCUCACAACUCUUGAGAUCCGAAAUGAAGUCAGCGGAUCAGAAGUCUUAACUAGUACCAUUGAUCCACGAGCCACCAUGUUCUCCUAUGACAGUGCAAGCAUCCAGUAUCGAAAGCCAAUCGCCAAUAGAGAUAUGUACAGCAGAGGCAACCUGGAUAGGCACAUAGUCCACAAAAAGGGGCGCUUAAGGAGAAGCGCCUCUCAAAUUAAAAUUAAAAUUCCAGAUUUGACUGAUGUGAAUGGUAUAGACAGAUGGUCGAGAAUGAUAUUCCCUGUUGCAUUUUCUUUCUUCAAUGUUGUGUAUUGGCUUUAUUAUGUACACUAA